GGUGACCCUAAGAAUGACUCGUGGAUCUUUGCCCUGGCUGUGCUUCUAUGUAGCACCUUUGUCUACAAUAGCACGAGCACCAUCAACCACCAGGCCCUGGAACAGCUGCACUAUGUGACCGAGCUCACAGAACUUAUCCAGGCCAAGUCCUCUCCAAGACCUGAUGGAGUAGAAGAUUCCGCAGAGUUUGUGAGUUUCUUUCCAGACUUUAUCUGGGCUGUUCGGGAUUUCACCCUGGAGCUGAAGUUAAACAGUCACCCUAUCACAGAAGAUCAGUACCUGGAGAAUGCCUUGAAGCUGAUUCCAGGCAGGAAUCCCAAAGCCAGAACAUCCAAUCUACCCAGAGAGUGUAUAAGGCAUUUCUUUCCAACACGGAAGUGUUUUGUGUUUGACUGGCCAACAAAUAACAAAGAGCUCCUAUACAAUAUUGAGAAUGUGUCUGAAGACCAACUGGAUCCUAAAUUCCUGAGACAAACAAAGAAUUUCUGUUCUUACAUCUUCACCAAUGCAAAAGUCAAGACCCUCAAAGAGGGGAUCACAGUCACUGGGAAUCGACUGAGGACUCUGGUUGUGACCUAUGUGGAUACCAUCAAUACCGGAGCUGUACCCUGUUUGGAGAACGCAGUGACAACUCUGGCCCAGCUGGAGAACUCAGCAGCUGUGCAGAAGGCAGCUGACCACUACAGUGAGCAGAUGGCCCAGCGACUGAGUCUCCCCACAGAGACGCUCCAGGAGCUGCUGGAGGUGCACGCGGCCUGUGAGAAGGAAGCCAUUGCCAUCUUCAUGGAGAGCUCCUUCAAGGACAAAGACCAGGAAUUCCAGAGGAGUCUCGUGGAAGCCAUAAAGAGUAAGAAGGAGGGUUUCGUGCUGCAGAAUGAAGAGGCAUCUAUCAAAUACUGCCAGGCUAAACUUGAUAAGCUUUCCAAGGCCCUAAUGGAAAGUAUAUCAGCAGGUGCUUUCUCUGUUCCUGGAGGGCACAAACUCUACAGGAAAGCAAUGGAAAGAUUACAACAGGACUAUCGCCAAGUGCCCAGGAAAGGAGUGAAGGAAAAUGAGGUCUUCCAGAGCUUUCUGCAGUCACAGGUGGCAGUUGAGAAAUCCAUCCUGCAGGCAGAUAAAGCCCUCACUGAUGGGGAGAAGGCUGUAGCAGAGGAGCGGGCCAGGAAUGAGACAGCUGAGAAGGAACGGGAGCUGCUAAGACAGAAACUGCAAGAGCAGCAGCAGGAGAUGGCGGCGCAACAGAGGAGCCUCCAGGAAAACAUAGCCCAGCUGACAGAGAAGCUGGCGAGGGAAAGAGAAGACAUACUGCGAGAGCAGACUAUGAUGUUGGAGCAUAAGCUGAAGGCCCAGGAAGCUCUACUUAAAGAAGGAUUUAGACAGAAAUCUGAGAGUAUGAGUGCAGAGAUAAAUCAUUUGAGAAAUAUGAUUCAUAAUACUAAUGAUGGUAAUACUUCCUGGGUUGCACUAGUCUUGGACAAAUUUGGCAAAGAGAUUGCUUCAGUAUUGUGUGCUCCAGGCAAACUUCUUGGUCAGAUUGUGAGUGGCGUGAGCUCCCUAUUUAAAAAGUAGAUCUUUUUUUAAAGAAAUUAGAGAUAUGGAAUAUAGGUA